GCUGCCGCGCCGCGCGCCGUGCCCACCCAGCGCCCCGUGCCGCCGCGCCGCGCGCCGGCCCCUGCUGCGGAGCGAGCCGCGCCAUGACUGCGGAGGAGAUGAAGGCGGAGGGGGCUCCCGUGGAGGGCGCGGACAUCACCCCCAAGAGCGACGGGGGGGUGCUCAAGGUUAUCAAGACGGAAGGAACUGGGACAGAGUCUCCCAUGAUAGGUGAUAAAGUGACUGUCCAUUAUACAGGAUGGCUUCUGGAUGGCACAAAGUUUGACUCUAGCCUGGACAGGAAAGACAAAUUCUCAUUUGAUUUGGGGAAAGGUGAGGUGAUCAAAGCUUGGGACAUUGCUGUGGCAACUAUGAAGAUUGGGGAAAUCUGUCGGAUUACCUGCAAACCAGAAUAUGCCUAUGGUUCCGCUGGGAGCCCCCCUAAGAUACCACCCAAUGCCACACUGAUUUUUGAGAUAGAGCUGUUUGAGUUUAAGGGAGAGGAUCUCACAGAGGAUGAAGACGGCGGAAUAAUCCGAAGAAUCCGUACGAAGGGCGAAGGCUACUCCAAGCCAAAUGAGGGAGCCCUUGUAGAGGUCCAGCUAGAAGGUCGAUAUGGAGAUAGGGUGUUUGACAAGCGGGAGCUGCGGUUUGAGAUUGGAGAAGGAGAAAAUUAUGACCUUCCUCCUGGCCUGGAACAAGCAAUUCAGAGAAUGGAGAAGUCAGAGGAAUCUGUGGUGCAUCUCAAACCCAGCUACGGUUUUGGGAGUGCUGGGAAGGAGAAGUUUCAGAUCCCUCCAAAUGCAGAUCUGCAAUAUGAAGUGAAACUCAAAAGCUUUGAAAAGGCUAAGGAAUCUUGGGAGAUGAAUACAGAAGAGAAGCUGGAACAAAGCUCCAUUGUGAAGGAGAGAGGUACUCAGUACUUCAAGGAAGGGAAGUACAAACAGGCAACAUUACAAUAUAAGAAGAUUGUGUCCUGGCUGGAGCACGAAACAGGCUUCUCUGAAGAGGAUGAUGCAAAGGCCAAGAGCCUGAGGCUUGCUGCCCUCCUUAACCUGGCCAUGUGCCAUCUCAAGCUGAAGGAGUACUCCCUGGCCUUGGAAAACUGCAGCAAGGCGCUUGAGUUGGACAGCAGCAAUGAGAAAGGCCUUUUCCGGCGUGGCGAGGCCCAUCUAGCUGUCAAUGACUUUGAAUUGGCCCGGGCAGAUUUCCAGAAGGUGCUACAACUUUACCCUAGCAACAAAGCAGCCAAAGUGCAGCUACUAGCCUGUCAGCAAAAGAUCCGGGAGCAGCACGAGAGAGAGAAGAAGAUGUAUGCCAACAUGUUCCAGAGGCUUGCAGACAAGGACUCCAAGCAAUCUGCCUUUCCCGAGAGAGUCCUCACCUGAGAGACUUAUGAACAAAUCACUGCACCGAAUUUUUCCGCCUCCAUCUUGCUCCUUGCUGUUGCCUCUGUUAAAGCAGAGACCCCCUCCCAUGAGUAAGUGUUGUAACCUUCCUUGUAUGCCCGUUCUUUGCACAUUGCUGAAGGUGAAGACUGUGAAGUCAAAGCUUAAGCAAUAAAGCAGAAAAACUC